AUGGAUGGGAGCACUGUUCGAGACAAGAAUGCGGAGACUCAUCCUGUGCGAUCCAGCGCAAUGGAAGAUGUCAUUUUCGCCUUGCAGGGGCUAUUGAACAUCCUCUCCGGAGCCAUGCUGACAGAAUUCCGGUAUGGGCUUCCGGAGAACCUAUUCGAUGUCUCAGUGCUAUGGGCGCCCAGGGGAAUCCUGAAACGUCGCUCUGCCUCGAAUCCCUUCCCAAGCUGGUCGUGGGCAGGGUGGGAGGGCACUAUGGGAUACGAAAGCUGUCUCUCUGUGAAUAGAGAUACCGAUGGAAGGGCGAUUAGUGCAAAAAAUGCUGAGCUAGGAGAGGAAGGUAUCCGGCCCUUGAUACACUGGUUCGCCCUGGUCGCAUCUAAACGUGGGUUCCGCCGUCUGGAUACCGUUCUGGGAACGUUGCCGGAGAUACCUCUAGAAUGGGAGGGGAAGCCUUACGGCUUUCCCCAAUCCACUCAGCUUGAAACAGAUUGUGGAGGAAUUGAGCGGAGUAGGCAUCAUUUGGUAUUCCGGACGAGUUGUGCCAACUGCAGCUUACGGUCGGGCAAGACCGCUGGUGGUUCCUACCCGACAGUGACUGGGUUGACUGCCCAUAUCAUAGGGCUUAAAGACACUGGGGGGCCUCUCUCAGCCGAUAUCAAAGAUUCCGAGCAUUAA